UAUGAAUUGAAAACGAUCAAGUGUGUUUCCGCUGCGACCGGCGGAGGUCGCCGAUUACAGUCCGGGGGCCUCGCUUAUCAAUCGGUGCCGAGGAAUCGAACGUGCGCGCGAAAGCUGAAAACCGUGUACGACCGAAAUCGGCUCAAAUUGUCCGUACGCACGCGGGCGCGCCUGUGGCGGGAAAAAAAGGAAAAAAAGAAUUGCGCCCCAUCGACAAUCCAUAGAAAUAACUUGAUGGGAUAUUUUCACGGAGACGAGGGGCCGUGACGUCGGCUCGCCGCGUUGGAAUCGCGGACAACCGGCGACGAAGCGAAGGGCCUUUUUUUUCAGGGCGCUGGCGUGAUGUCGCAAAGGGAGACCGCGACCAAACGCAAAACGCACUGUUCGAUGUUUUAUUGCAAACGCGCGCCCGAUUCUCGCCGCGAAAUCGGCUCACGGUUACAAAUGAGACUCGCUGAUGUAUUGUGAAGGCGAAUUUAGGGAAAUUCUCGGGGGCGAGGCGGCAGGCUUCGGGAACGCCGCAGCAAAUAAAGUGGCGGGAGGUCACCGCUGCAGUGAGUUCGACUGGAGAGGAAAUGGGGGGAAAAAAAAUAUAUAUAUCCAAAUAAUUGCGCCCGAUCGUCACACGGCAAUCAAUGUAGUUUAGCAUCAGAUGCAUCUCCUUUGAUCGAUCCAUGAAUGGACUUUAUUUAUCCCGAGGGCGACUGAAAAGCAGGAGGCGUGUCAUUCAAAAAGGAUUGACAACACAACAACAAAGGCAAAGCGGAAUCCAUCAUGAAUGGUUGAGAACGAAAGGCGACUUCUAUUCGCCACCUCGCGCGUCGCUGCAUUUCCUUUUCUCGUGAGACGUUUUUGGACGGGUCACACGACACGCUUGAAACCUUUCAAGCCGCGUUUUGUGCGUUCGCAGCAGUCGCCGAGCGAGGUCGCAGUUCGUUCAAUACAAAGAAGACGAACAAAAACAAAACAAAUGGUGGCGGCGCACUGGGCCGAACGUCUUGGUCAGAUAUCACGACAAAGUUGACGCAGUUCAGUAAUUCCAUUGGAAAAAGUGCCACUUGUAAAAUGUAUAUAUUCGAUAUGAAAUCACAGACUGGAGAUUUCUUUUGAUCUUGACGAUCGUAACUGACAUAGGAACCAAAGCAAAGAGCAAAUUCCAGCCCAAUUGUCGACUGCGAUAUGACAAGACGCAAGCUUGUGCAGCAAGAACCGACGCGAGCAGAAGGGCGAGCGCGAGUCCCGAAUGACGGAACUGUGCGAUGAAUAAGAAACGAUGUCACAAGGUUUUGCUGUUUAUGACGAGCUCAAUGACAAAACGAUGUCAUAAGGUCUCGGGUUAGCGACGACGCGUCAGUUGAGCGAUCGGGCUCCUUCGCGCCGCAAGCGACCGGACGACAGACGACGGGCGCUGACGUGGAGAAGCUCGCAGACGCCGGCGGUAUGUGAUGACAAUGAUCUGUCGCGUCUUUGUUUGUUCCGCGCUGAAAGACGUGCGUGCGCGUCGUCAGUCAUCCGGGUCACGUGAUCCACAAAGGCAACAGGACUGUUCUCGUUUGUUGAAGACGUUUCACCUUUAGCCCAAAGGCCGGUGUGGAGUCCCCCUCUUUACGUACGCCUGGGCGGCGGCGGUCGACGGCAGCCGUCGCCGCCCGGUGUGCUUCUGAAACGACCACGCCGCACGCUAAUCGGCGUGUCGCGGCGGAGUGAGGCGAACGAGGCCCGUCCGACGUCGGGACGGUGCCUCGAGCCCGCUCCUCUCUUUCGAGACGGACGGCUCGUUUUACUCCGCUCUCAAAGCAGCGGAAUGUGGAUGUCGUCGUCCUCGAAGGAAUGUAACAAACGCAGCGGCGAUUCCGGACCCGACGAAGCCGCCCGCCGAGGGCGCCGAGACUCUCCCGUGCCGCGAACCGAGCUGUUUUGCCACGAGACGAGCGGACGACCGAUCGGUGCGCGGACGACAUCGACACUGGCCUCUCGUCCGCCGACCUAGGAACCCACCCGCUGAGGCAUAAGUGGAGCGACUCGACACCUCAAUUUUAGACCUGCGCGAUCCGUUCGGAUCGAAGGUGAAAUGUCUUCAACAAACGAGGACGGACGGGUCCAAUUGCUUUGAUCCAACCUUUGCAGAUUGCCGCCGACGGACGGGAAUAGCGACGUUUCGUCUAACAGGCGAUUUGCACUUUUGUUUUGGGGUCAAGGUCGUCCACCUCACCUCAAGUUCAAAUGCGAACUCAAGCUGAAGAAAACAAAGUCGAUCGAGCAUCCUCGGAGCUCGUCGGCCUCUUCGAGGUCCGAUCAGAACCCGAAUUCGUCCGCCGCGUUUGGGAGGAAACGCUCGGCUUGUUUCUGGAUCGGACCGAUGAACUUGGCAAACGCCCGGUCUGACCUUUCCGUCGUUCUGCACGAUGGCUUCCGUUUCACAGCGCCAACGAGAUAAAAACGCAACGUACGUGUUCUCCAGUCGCCCCAGGCCCGUCGAGAGCCGCUCAAAGUUCAACGCGUCCCCCGCGGAAAAUCCUCAGUACGGAAACAUCGUGUACGAUCGACGAGUCGUCAGGGGAAAUGCUCACGGUCGAAACGCGUCGCCGGCCAAGACGACGGCGCGCGCGGCCGACGUUCAACAACAGCGCGGGUUCCGGAGGAGAUCGGUGGACUUCGUGAGGUCCGGGGACCACGUGCGGUUCAAGACUCACGACAACCCGCCCGGUCGAAAACACGUCGACGUGCAAACCGAGUCCUUCCUCGAGGAGCUGAGUCACAUCUCGGUGACGAAAGAUAUCGACUCCCAAACGGAUCGUUUCCUGGACAGACCGGCCACGCCGCUAUUCAUACCGGCCAAAUCGGGCGAAGAUGUCGCGACCCAAAUCAAAGACGGGGAGUUGUUUGACUUCGACAGGGAGGUGCAGCCCGUGUUGGAGGUCCUGGUGGGCAAGACCGUCGAGCAGUCGCUCCUGGAGGUGAUGGAGGAGGAGGAACUGGCCCGCUUGCGGGCCCAGCAGAGGGCCUUCGAGCAGCUGAGAAAUGCCGAGUUGGCCGAGGUCCAGCGGCUGCAGGAGCAGGAGAGGCGUCGCAAUGAGGAAAAGGAGUGUCGGAUCGCCCAGCAGAGGGAGGCCGUGAGGAAAGAAAAAGAAACGGCCGAGAUGAUAGCCGCCCAAGCGUGCGCGCAGCAGUUCUUGUCCAAGCUCUUCCCCGCCGUCUUCGCCUCGCUAAGGAGACACGGCUACUUCUACGACCCCGUGGAGAGAGACAUUGAGAUGAAUUUCUUCCGGUGGCUGAUGGCCGAGGUUAACGACACUCUGGAGAAGAGGAACUCUGCCAGGCUGCUGCUGGACACCAUCAUCCACGAUAUCGCCCUGGAGAGACGGGAGUUCUUCAAGGAUCUCGAGUCGCGGCUGGUCAAAUCGGACAAAUAGACGAAGCGGCGACGCGGGCCGUCCGGCUCCGCGGCCCGCAGAGCCGUGGCUUUUCCCCAACCGAAUCCGAGUCGACGCGGCCGUCGGCGUACCGUGAAGCGCUGUGUUCUAAUACUGGGCCUCGCCACACCAGGGACGUGGCUUUGUUUGUCGUCGUCGUCGUCGUCGGUUUGUUUUUUCGCUUUCACCUCGCGAGCGAUACAAAUGCCGUCUGGCGGCGGUCGAUGCGACUCGGCUCACUUCGCAAUCAGCGGGCGGCACUUUGGCAACUGGGGAGGCUUCGAGCCGUUUUUUGCCACCUCAGCCUUUUAGUCUGCUUGUUUAAUGCUAAUUAGCAUCUGUUGCGCUGCUUUAAACCUUUGAAGCAAAACAAACCGCAGCAACAUGUACACUGACAAUAUAACACUCAAGUGUAUCUAUGUAUCUAUCUAUCUAUCUAUCUAUCUAUAUCUAUCUUCUCCUUCUCCUUCUCCUUCUCCUUCGUGUCGAACAAUAGCGAUGAGCUGAGACGCUAGCCGGGCUCGCUCUCAAGCGGGAUCCAUAAAAACGCCUCAAUGAGCAGCAUAUCUAAUACUGCCCCCAGGUGGCCAAGGCGGGCACACCAGGAGC